AUGGUUAAGACUACCUACGCGCUGACGCUCUUUGCGGCUGUCAGCAUUGCUGCGCCUGUCGCUCACCCCGAUGGCAGCGGUAACCUCCUCGGGGGUACUGAUGCUGGCCUCAGCAAGCUCGUAUCUAAGCUUACUGGUCGUGGUGACGAAGAUACUUCGAAUGAGCACAAGAACCUCAUUGAGGACAUUCCAAUCCUGGGCCCCAUGCUUGGAGCGAAGCAUGACUCCAAGCGCCGUGGCCACUCCGAGUAUGAGGCUGAUCACCACAACCUGAUCGACGGUAUUCCUAUUGUUGGCCAGCUGCUUGGAAAUGACAAGUCCACUCUUGACAAGGGCAAGGAACGUCGUGACCUGAGCGAUGGUUUGAAUGGUAUCCCAUUGAUUGGUGGUUUGUUCGGCAAGCACGAGCACACUGGUGGAUACAACGGCCAGCCAGCCCGCCGGAACUAUGGUCAGAACUACGGCCAGAAUGAAGGUCAGAACGAGGGCCAGAACGAAGGCCAGAACGAGGGCCAGAAUGAGGGCCAGAACGAGGGCCAGAAUGAGGGUCAGAACGAGGGCCAGAACGAGGGCCAAAACGAGGGUCAGAACUACGGUCAGAACGAGGGCCAGAACGAAGGCCAGAAUGAGGGUCAGAACGAUGAUCAGAAUGACUGGCAGAACCUCCUGCAAAACUACGGCCAGAACUCCAAGCGCGACCUCGGUGGUCUCGAGAGCCUUCCCAUCGUCGGAGACCUCCUCAAGAGCAACAAGGCCGGCCACAAGGAGACUGACGAGCCCGCUCAGCAUCUCGACACCCGCCAGGUUGGAGGAAACGCGAAGGGAGUCUUCGGUAUCUUGCAGUCCCUGACCAGUGGAAACCCCGUUUCCAAGAGCCACUCCAAGCGCGAGGAAGAUGAGCUUGAUCCUCUCAGCAAUGUCGUCGAUGGUGCCGUCAUGUCCGGCAUGGAAGCCGAGGGUGCUGCUAUGCCUAUGCGCCGCGACAAGAUGGCCACUCCCACCGAACAAUCCGCCUCCUCCGCAACACCCACACCCAGUGCAUCUGCCAAACCCAAGAGCUUCCUCAGCGAGCUGAUGGGCAAGCACGGUCUUGGCUCAAUUAUGGGACACGCCCACCACGGUGUUGGUCUCUUCCCUAUGCGCCGUGACAACGAGAUCGAGGCCCGUCAAGCGCCCCCUAUUCAGGGCUCAACUUUGACCGACGUCUUGAUGCAAGGUGGUGCCCUCGGAAAGCUCACCAAGAUGCUGUCCCCUGCUACUCCCCCCAAGUCUCCCACCGGUGACCCCAAUACUGUUGGUGAUGGCACCAGCAACGGUCCCCCUGACCCUGCUUCUGGUGCUGGUCCCCACAGUGGUCCUGGAUUUGCUGGUGAGCACGGUGAUGCAAAGGCCGCGGCUUCUGUUGCUGGUGGUGCCGCCCAGGCCCAGUAA